UUCAAGGGUUUAGGUUGAACAUGCCCAGAAAUCGUAACCAUCCAAGAAGAUAUAGAGAAUUUGUCUCAAGCAUUUGAUCAAACAGCUAUCGGGCUUCCCUCAUUCGACAACAACGAUUAACCAGUAGCAACUGAAGUCCAAGUUCUCACAUUCUUGCCUGCAAACGAGUCAAAGAGCGCUUGAGCCUCGUCUAAUCGGCCAUUUUGGGAGUACCCACAAAUCAUAGAGUUUCAAUCCAAGCUGCAGUCUCUCUAUCAUAUCAUCAAACAGGUUUCGAUCUUCUUCAUCGACUCGGCCGAGCCUUCCAAGCUCUUCAAUCCUCCUCGUGUUGCAUGCAAAAGGUUAGAUUGUGGAGUCUCUUCUCUUCAAUUGGUUGAGCAGGAGAGAGAGCAGCGAGAGAAACAAAAGUUAUCGCCGCAAUUAGGAACUCUUUGGAUUGUGGAGUCUCUUCCCUCUCUCUUCUCUCUCUCUCUCUCUCCUAUUUUUGUCCAUUGAAUUCGUCUUUAAAUUACAUAUACAUUCAGUCUCACAACUAUUUCCCCAAUUUUCCUGGGAAACAAACACAUCCCAGAUUGAAUUUUUCUGAAACCCUAAUAAAAUUUUUGAUAUGGAGAGUUGUCGCCCCUGUAAGAGUUGUGGAAAGAGGACUAUCGUCUCCGACGACGCAACGUGCAGCUUGGUCUGCGCGUCGUGCGGAAUCAUCCAAGAAUUUGAUGAUUUACAACACCAUUUUGGAGGCCUCAGCGGCCCCACCGGGACGUUUGUCCGCACCGGCACUGCCGGUACCGGCAAUGUCUAUCAUUACAAGGAAACAAAACUAUACAGAGCUAAAGAGACCCUUGAACGCAUUACUUCAUUGUUGGAUUUUUGGCCUUCCAAGACGAAUGAGGUUAGGGUUAUGGUGGAGACUAUUACUGAGGGAGAGUAUGGUCAGGGUGAUUGGUUACCUGUACUUAUUGGUGCUUGUGCUUAUGUUGUUAUGCGAAACGAUAAUAAACCUUUGCCGCUUUCUGAGGUGGCCGAUAAGGUCAGUUGUGAUAUUUUUGAGCUUGGUCGGAUGGUUAAUCGGGUUGUUGAUUUUCUUGAAUUGAAAUUGCCGGAGUUUAAUAUAGUGAAUUCAUUUCAAUGGGUGGUCAAGACUUGUUUUGAUGAAAAUUUAAUGGAUAAGGAAAAGAUUGAGAGAAUUUUAAAACAAGGGAUUUUUUUAAUGCAGUGUUUGGUGAAGUGGUAUUUGACGACGGGGCGGAGACCGAUUCCGGUUGUUGUGGCUGUAUUGGUAUUUGUUGCACAAUUGAACGAGGUUGAUGUUCAACUUGAGGACAUAGCAAAGGAAUUUCAUGUGGCUGUUCGUACAUGCAAGUUGCGGUAUAAGGAGCUUUUAAAUAGGCUUGUGAAAGUUGCACAAGCAUUGCCUUGGGGCAAGGAUAUUAAUGUUAAGAACAUCAUAAAGAAUGCAGGGUACGUGAUUCAAUAUAUGGAGUUGAAGUCAAUGUCUAAGCACGGUGAGAAGAGGAAGAGUUUAGAGCAUGUUGGAUUUGAUUUGGAUGGUUUGGUUCGUGAUUGUCUGAGCAAAGAAGUUGAAUUUGGGAUGAAUAGUCAUGGCAUGGAAAAUGAUUCUCAGUAUUUUGAGGUAGAAGAUCCGAGUGGUUCCCCAAGAUGGAGUAUAGAUGAUUUGGAGAAGCUGAAGAUUUCAUACGAAUGCUUGUCACUAUUAUAUUCAGAGUUAUCAAAUGAAGUUUCUGAUGCCAAUUCAGUGGGACGGAGUGGGAGUGACAAUAGAAGGAAAAGAGGGAUGGGGUUUGACGUUUUAGAGUGUAGGGAGUGGUGGAAAGGAAAAUCAGAACUGAGCAAAAAGCUUUUCCUCAAGCAAAUACUGGAGAAAGAUGUAGGACUGAAUGCUUUGCCUCCAUCUUUCGUCUCAGGAUGCUUGGCAUAUCAAAGGAGGAGAGAAAAGAUAAAGGCUGCUAAGGUGCGUAUCGAUAAGAUUAUGUGUCCGCCAAAUGCCAAUUCAAGUGACAGGGAUGAUGACCUUUGCAUUUUGAAAUGCGUAAUUGGUGGGAAUAAACGAAGGAGAAAGAAAAUUGCCAUUGAUGUUGAUUGGGAAGAUUUUAUUAUUGAGACCCUUCUCCUUCAUCGGGUGGAGGAGGAGGAAAUAGAGAAGGGGCACUACAAUACCUUACUGGGCUUGCAUGUCUUUAACUCUGGAAGUAUGUAGUUAGCUUCAUCAUGGUUGGAAUUGUGGCUUGAAUCUACUCAACUACAUAGGUCACCGCCCUAUUAGAGAGAAGUUUUUGUAUUUUGUACUCCUCCAGCAGGAGGGAAUCUAUUUUUGUUACUUAUUUCUGCAAAAUUAAUACAGGGUAUCAAAUUUUUUGUUAUAGAAUUUUGGUUUCCACAUAUUUAUGUGACAUAUGAGCUUGUUCCUUGAAUUUAUCCAGUUUCACAAUGUGAAGAGCUUGAAAACUCCCUGCUUUUUCUUUGUCAUCAAGGAGUGUGCGGCAUGGAUCCAUUGAGAUCGAUUCAAAUUGGACAUGUAUGGGGUUCGCUGCUGAUAUUCUUUUUGCUUGAAGUGUUAUAUAUUCUGUAUAGAUCUCUCUUGUUUGUAGUACUCUGUUUUUAGUUAUCUUUUCUUUCUCUCCUCGUAUUCAUUUAUUUGCCCCUUUUUUAUUUUUAAUAUCGAAUGCUAAGUGAUAAUUUGGGAAAUAUUUUCAGCAGUAAUUGAUUCAAGUGAUUACUUUGGCCCAAAGAAACAUUGCUAGUGAAAAAGGGCUUGUUUGCUUGCGGGGGUGCUUGGAGAUAAUGGGGCUAAGUGGAUUGUGCUUUGUGUCAUCAGAUGAGACUCUGCAACCACUGAAAAAAGGAGACAAGAGGUGCACCUGGCGGCAACAAAUGCCUCCAACAAAAUCAAUCUGCACAAAAUUUGGUUGGAGUAAACGGAAGAAAUAUAAUUGGAACAAGGUUAGGAAAUUGUGCAACCAUGCCUUGCUGUGGUCGUGUUUUCUGUUGUUUAUUCUCCCUGCAUCAGAAAGUGGGCGCCAAUAUUGAAAACCAACUGCUGAGAAUGGGUGCUGAUAUAAAACAAAUCUGUUGGAAUUUGUGCACGAUGUGAUGCCUUCAUUUUCAACAGAUUUCAUGGAAGGGGUAGCUCCUGAAUUAUCUCCUCAACAAAAUAAAAUUGUUAAUCUCACAACUCAUGAAAGCUCAAUGAUUGGUGUUGACAUUGACCCUAAGAAGGGACUUUGCAACAAAAACUCUUUGGCCCAUCAAUAUUGUAUGGAACCCAUGAAAGAGAAACAUAAUGAUUAAUUGUCGAAGAAAAAGGAUGAUAUUGGUAUGAGUGAAAAGUGAAAUGUGAGUGUUGUGAAAAAUGACACAGUGAAGAAACCGUUCCCAACCGAGAUUCCAGUAGUAGUUGAUACUGCAGAGAAAGAUUCAAGCUUGGCAUCAUCAUUUUGCGGAGUCAACAAACCUGAUGAUGAAAGAUGGGAUGGUCAAGAGGAUUUGUUAACACCAGUAUCACUAGAUGGAUAUCACUCUUGUAUGAAGGAAGAUGAAACUACUAACCAUGUAAAUGCCACAGCUGACAAGUCAAAUGUCCAGCCAUCAGCUAAUUCAGUUAUUUUAGGAUCCUGCAAUUGUAGAGUUUCUGAUACUGUACUUACUUCAGGUGAUGCUUUCUCAGCAAUAUCAAAUGAUUCUGUUGGCUUGGGAUUGAGCUAUCCAAUAAAGUUUCUGAAACAGAAGAUUAUGUGUUUCCAUAGCAGAUUCUGGAAACGGAAACAUUUUGACCAUUUCAACGGAAACAAAAUGAGAGUUUGCUCCUUGCUCCUAAAUUGGUUCUUAUGUUGAAGUUUUUUCCUGCAAUCAGGAGGUUGUAGUUCGAGAGGCCCAACAUUCAUACAUGGUAGUGACUGGAACCCAAGUGGUGGCAUUUUACAUAUUGCGCCUAAUGAGUUAAGUCAAGUGGUUGAAGGGUAUACACCCUUGGCUUCUUGUCUGGGUGUUUUAGCCCGAGAUGGGAACCUUACGCCCCUUACCUAUAGAACUUGGAGCUAUGUAUUGAAGGAAAAUAAAGAGAGAAUUUGGAGAGAAGUAAAGGUUAAUACAAAUGCUCGUGAGUCGAUGAAGAAAAUUAUUUUGGCAUCUGUUGGAAAAAAAUGGAUAGAGUGGAAGUGUAGAGUUAAAAAAAUAGGGUAUAAGCCAUUCAACAAUGAUACUGAUAGGUUAACUUAUCGACCGGAAGGUGUACACGACAUCAGUGGUGGAACUUGGUCUAUUAUUGGGGCACUCGGAAGGCACAGCUUUUGAUCUGUUCUAGUGGAGGAUCCUGCAACCAGUUUGCUCUGUUUCUUGCUCAGUUACUGCUGGAGUGCUUUGGAUGCUGCUGUUGCUAGUUUAAUUAGUGGCUGCUUCUAGUUUUGGAUUUAUUGGACGUAAUGCAAUGGAAUAUUGGUUUUAAGUGGAUAAUUAAUAGACAAUCACUUUGACUCUUUGCGUUGCUGAUUAAUCCAUACUUUGCAGCAUAAACAUCCACAUAUGUUAGUGCAGCUUGUGGUCGCUCUGUUCUUAGUUGGAUCACUCUGUUCUUGAGCUGUUUAUUGAACUUUAUUGCAAUCUCAUUCUAACUUUUGGCACAA